CUGGAGCACUAUCGGAACAGCAGCCUUAACCUUCAGGAGAAACCAUCUCCCUGAAUGUUUACUACGCAUGUCCAGUACAACAUGAUGCCUCCAUCUUUCUUUGAAGUGAAGCCGAAGGUCAUCAAUGUGAUGAGAAACCCCAAAGAUGCUUUUACAUCGCUGUUUUAUUAUUCUGAGAUGGCCUCCAACUGGGUCAACCCAGGCUCACAGAGCAACUUCCUCCACAAGUUCCUUGAUGGAAAAGUUGCGUACGGCUCAUGGUUUGAUCAUGUGAAGAGCUGGCUGAAUGCUGAAGAUAAAGAGCACAUCAUGUACAUCUCCUACGAAAAAAUGAUAAUGGACCUGAAGGACUCUGUGGCCAGAAUCGCUCAGUUCUUGCAGAAAUCUCUGGACACUGAGGUGAUAGAGAAGAUAGCAGACCGAUGUUUGUUCAAGAACAUGAAGAAGAACAACAUGUCAAACUACAAAUCUGUUCCUCGUGAACAGAUGGACCAGACAAAGUAUGAAUUUCUAAGGAAAGGGAUUGUUGGAGACUGGAAAAACCAACUAACAGUGGCAGAAGCAGAGUACUUUGAUGCUGUUUACAAAGACAAAAUGAAAGAUGUCCAAUAUAAAUUUGCAUGGGAGUAAAAAGAAGUGAAUGGAAAUACUUACUGGAAGUCAUUUCACCAUACAAUGAUGCACAGAAACUUGUAAUAAAGAUGCAGUUGAUUCCGAUGUA